UGGUUUGCUGCCUUGCUCAUCAUGCUGUACGAGAUUAUGGCGAAGUGUCCCUUCGGGUUUACUUCGGGGACCCCUCCUCCCUGGGUAUUCACAGGAAGCACCCCGGCCCCUGAUCCCAACGCUCCGACCAGUGCUCCUGGUAGCGAGUCGGACAAAGCCAAGUUGAUGGAACAAUGUAUUGUUCCUCCUGGCAACCUCAACAUCCCUGGUUGGUCCCAGUGGGCGUUCCCCUUCUUUUGUGGUAUUGCCAUCAUCAUCAUGAUUGUGGCAGUGAGGCUGAGACGAUACAUGCCCAACUGGCUUCAACGACCAUGCAAGCGUGUUUUUGCUAGUCGUGCUAAUGCUGUCAGUUUCGCAGUGCUAAUAACUUCACUUGCAAUUGCUGCUAUCAUUCAGCUUGCAACGUACGAUACGUCAGAAGGGACGAAGCGGGCCAGUGUGAUAUUUGCUCGAAUUUCCACGUGGUCUAUUGCCGGUUGUUUCUUCCUGUCCAUUCGUCCAGUGGCCCGUCUCUUCAAGGUCGGCUUCGAACGCCUUACUAUCCUCCAUGCUUUGCUCGGUAUCAACGCUCUGGUCUUUGGUAUCAUGCAUCUGAUUAUGAUCGCUCCUCGGGUGACUGUCCAGUGUGCACUCAUUUUUGGUGGUAACGAGGCUGUUGCUUCUGGUGUGCUAUUCUUGAUAACCUUCAUUUGUGCGUUCAUAUACAAGUACAUUCCUCACGGUUAUCGAGUAUUCCGCUGGUCGCAUUGGCUCGUAUAUUUCGCCACUGUACUGCUCCUCUUCCACACUGUCCAGCACGAACUCAUACAGUCUGAGUUCACUCAUUCUGCUGGUCCCUAUGUCACUUCUGGUGUUCUCUUCGUUGUUUGGAUUGCUAGCAUUAUCGAGAGAGUUAUUGAGCUCAUUGAAACCUCUGUGCAAGCUGUCUCCACGAAGUCCAAGAAGCAUUUUGACGAACAUCCCGAAGAUUCCAGUAACGCCUUCUGCUCGAAGGUAGAGUCAAUCACUCCUUUGACCGACGGUGAUGCCAAGGAGGAUGCACCGGCUUGCGAGAUCGUUCUCAGGACGCAUGUGAAACCGAAGCCAGGGCAGUGGAUUCAGGUGACCUUCCCUGGAAAGGACUGUGUUGCACAUGCCUUUUCCCCACUGCCGAAUCCGAAGGAGAAACACACUUUGAAACUGUUGGUCUCUUGUGAUGGUUACAUGACUAAAAAGCUCGUGGCUGCUGACUUCGAGAGGUUCAUCAAUUCCCGAGUGUAUGUGCAAGGUCCUUAUGGUGCGUCGGAUGUGCCCAAGCAGAUAGCUGGUCCUGAUGACUACACUGUUAUGAUCGCCGGUGGCACGGGUAUCUGUCCCAUUGCUUCCGUCAUCGCUUCCCUGCCUGAUGACCAGAAGGAGAAGGUGUCCCUGCUUUGGGCCUUUAGAACGUCCGGUGAAUUUGUGUCGGUUCAUCAGCUACUAGCUGGUGUUGGCCAUCGUGAACUCAUGUAUUCCGGUACUGAUGAGGUUAUGCGCCGAGCCACUGCCGAUUUGGAAGCUUGCGUGUGCCCCGCUCACUACGGCCAAAUGAUCGCCGGUGGUGAUGCUCUGAAUAAUACUCGUCCUAGUCACUAUGCUCACCACGGUAACAAGGAGAUCGCUGAUUUCGUGAACAAGGCCAUUGACAAGGCAGAUCAGAGCAAGGCGAAGAGGAUCAACUUCUACCUGUGUGGGCCCAUUUGCAUGAUCAACUUGACGGUUGAUGCUAUUCGAGCAGCUGAGAUACCUCAGGGUCUCGAGCUUGGUGUUAUUAAACGCGAGUCGUUCGGCAUGAUGCCAUGGUAAUUAUCUGUACUUCAUAGUUGUUCCUUUCCUGUUUAUUCAUGGGCAGUAUUGCCAUUUGUCAAGACGGUGGCAAUCCCAUGCCUAUGUUAUUCGGGCCUGAUUUAUGUCGAGCAGAAAGGUCCUCAUUUAUUUCUCUUCAUGAAGUGAGGACCCAGCUUAAUAUGCAUUCUAUUUCGAGGUUAGCAAUUCUCGUUAUACAGUUCCUUCCUGAAUAUUGACCUGUGCUAUUCGUAAUAUAGAGUAGGGUGUUUUUCUGACAGUUAUUUGUCGGUUCCCGUCCUCGUGAGAUUAGACUAGUGCUCUUAGAUUCCACAUUUUCAUCGGCUUCUAUAGAGUGCAUUAUCUGCCGCGAUCGAUGGAUCACACUCGAGCAG